GAAAGGUCCUGCACAGGCAGAUCACCAUGGGCGUGAGUGGCACAGGGAACCUCUGGAACGCCAAGCUCUCGCUGACGUCGCCGCUGUCAGAGGGCAGCUGCGACCUCCUCUUCGUGUCUGACACCGUGGCGGCAUCGUGCGUCGAUGGCAACGGAAACAGCACGUCUUCAACCGUAGCCAAGUGGACCCCCGGCCUCUUUGUGCCAGGGAGGUUUACCGAGCUGUGGUUGCGCCUGGGAGAUCCCUCGCUGUCGCCGCCAUCUUCCUCCUCUUCUUCUUCUUCGUCUUCCUCUUCCUCUUCUUCUUCUUCUUCGUCUUCAUCAUCCUCUUCCUCCUCUCUGUCGCCUUCGCCAUCACCUUCCGUCCCACGCGAAGGAAACCACAGCGAGGAACUCUACCUUUUGGGCAGACGAGGGGAUGCCAGAGGCUUCCUGCUGGUGCCUUCCACUGGACUGAAGCCUCCCCUGAGCCUUAAGUGGGGAAGCCAGUUCAUCAGGUACUAUUACAACUGUGUUACGGGAUGCUUGAAGGAAACCCAAGUGACCACGCCCCAAGGACUCCACACCGUGUUUCUCCUGAAGGACCAGAACUUCCAAAACCUUUCGUUCUCCUACUCUCCCAAGACACUCAGGCCUCAGCUCUCCUUCACUCCCGUGUCCCUCUCGCUCUCCCUAACCCCACAGGACCUGAAGGAAGUGCCUGAGGGGUCCUGGGGGAACAUCACGGUCGUUUGGGAUUCCCAGGAGGAUACGAUAGGGGCCCUGGUGAACGGCAAGCCAGUAGGAUCCCUUAAAUCCUACAACACCCUGAACAAAAUGGCUGUUAUCGAAGGGGAGGUCGAGGGCGGAGGAUACUUGACCUUGUGUGACCCUCGAUUUCAGCUGCUUCAGGAUGCCUUGGCGAGUGGGGAGGGCGUGGUGGAGGUUCCGGAUGAUGUGACCCUUGACGUCAGCCCCUCUACUGCCUCCUCUCUGACGUCUGACACUGACCCCUUCGCCGUCUCCUACGUCGCUCAGACCAACCAAGUCCUCAUGGUCGUGUGUAUCUUCCUCUCGAUCGUCCUUUUGAUCCUUUUCGCUGUCUCCUACUCCCGCACCUCCGCCAAGCUCCGCGAGCUGGGGGUCAACUCCAACGGCGAGGUCAAAGGUCCCAGGAUCGUACGGAGGUCCUCCUCGACGUACUCGAAGGUCCGGUGCAGCGUCAAGUCCCUGAAGAAGGCCAACGACGAAGCGAAGGAGAGCAGCGUCGACCAGGACGAAUGCAGAAGCCUUUCGGACGCGACCGUGGCGAUGUCGGACGUCGCGAGCACGCCCCUGGCCACGCCCAACGUCUUGCCCUCCUUCGGGGCGCCCCGGGGGAGCAAGGUGGUGUCGACCAGCGAGUUCAUCGACAUAGACAUCGGUACGUGACGGAGGGGCCGCAGAAGGGACGACGGCAGGGGAUAUCCAACUGCCGAACGAUAAACGAAAAGCCAGGUCUAAGAUACUUUAGAAAUGUAUUUAUCUGUAAAAAAAAAAAAACACCAGCAAGAACAGCGUCGCCUCGCUAGACCGGGACCGGA